AUGGCGUGGGAUUCAAAGAGUUAUGUUAACUUGGGUGGCUAUCAAGUUCCGAAGACAGUGUUUGAUGGGAUGAGCCCCAUGGAGAGACACAAACUAAUGAUGUCCCUGCGUUCUCUGCAGAAGACUAAAAUGGAAAGUGACCAGGAGAAGUACCUAGACGACUACGACCUAUUGAAGAAAAAGUACCAAUUUGUCCACGACGCGGCAAGCGAAAAUAACUCCCUUCUGCAAAAGUACUACAAUAGCAUAUGCAACAAAUACGUCGUUUGCUACUUGAGUGGAUACAAAGAAAAAAAGAUCGGCCUGAGGUGGAGGACGGAAGAUGAAAUUGUAAGCGGGAAAGGACACAUGAUUUGUUCCGCCAACGAUUGCGACAACACCGAUUUGAAGACAUACGAAUUUCUGUUUCGCUAUGACGAGGGGGGCAUCCAGAAGGAGACCAAGGUGAAGCUCCGGGCCUGCAUGGAAUGCGCAUACAAGAUUAAUUACGGCGAAAUUAAAAAGUACCUCAAGAAAAAGUCCAAGAAGAAGCGAAGGGGGGGCAGCGAAAGUAAAAGUAGCAGCAGCGGAAGUAAAAGUGGCAGCAGAGAAAGUAAAAGUAGCAGCAGAGGAAGUAAAAGUAGCAGCAGUGAAAGUGGGAGUACCCGCAAACGUAGGAAUAGACGUUAA